AUGGCGGGGGCGCCGCGCGGCCGAGGCGGCGGCGGAGGCGGAGGCGGCGCGGGCGAGUCUGGGGGCGCCGAGCGGGCGGCGGGGCCGGGCGGCCGGCGCGGGCUGCGGGCGUGCGAUGAGGAGUUCGCGUGCCCCGAGCUGGAGGCGCUGUUCCGCGGCUACACGCUGCGGCUGGAGCAGGCGGCGACGCUGAAGGCGCUGGCCAUGCUCAGCCUGCUGGCGGGCGCGCUGGCCCUGGCAGAGCUGCUGGGCGCGCCGGGGCCCGCGCCCGGCCUGGCCAAGGGCUCGCACCCCGUCCACUGCGUGCUCUUCCUGGCGCUGCUCGUGGUCACCAACGUCCGCUCGCUGCAGGUGCCCCAGCUGCAGCAGGUCGGCCAGCUCGCGCUGCUCUUCAGCCUCACCUUCGCGCUGCUGUGCUGUCCCUUCGCGCUCGGCGGCCCCGCCGGUGCCCACGCCGGGGCGGCAGCGGUGCCGGCGACAGCCGAUCAGGGAGUCUGGCAGCUCCUUUUGGUCACCUUCGUGUCCUAUGCCCUGCUGCCCGUGCGCAGCCUGCUGGCCAUCGGCUUCGGGCUCGUGGUGGCCGCCUCGCACUUGCUGGUCACGGCUACCUUGGUCCCCGCCAAGCGCCCACGUCUCUGGAGAACGCUGGGUGCCAACGCUCUGCUCUUCCUUGGUGUGAACAUGUAUGGGGUCUUCGUGAGGAUCCUGGCUGAGCGCGCCCAGAGGAAGGCCUUCCUGCAGGCCCGGAACUGCAUUGAGGACCGGCUGAGGCUGGAGGACGAGAAUGAGAAGCAGGAGCGGCUGCUCAUGAGCCUCCUGCCUCGGAAUGUUGCCAUGGAGAUGAAGGAGGACUUCCUGAAGCCCCCUGAGAGGAUUUUCCACAAGAUUUACAUCCAGCGGCAUGACAACGUGAGCAUCCUCUUUGCAGACAUCGUGGGCUUCACGGGCUUGGCGUCACAGUGUACGGCCCAGGAGCUGGUGAAACUCCUCAACGAGCUCUUCGGGAAGUUUGAUGAGCUGGCCACGGAGAACCACUGCCGCCGCAUCAAGAUCCUGGGAGACUGCUACUACUGCGUGUCCGGCCUCACGCAGCCCAAGACCGACCACGCCCACUGCUGCGUGGAGAUGGGCCUGGACAUGAUCGACACCAUCACGUCUGUGGCCGAGGCCACUGAGGUGGACCUGAACAUGCGUGUGGGCUUGCACACCGGCAGGGUCCUCUGCGGGGUCCUGGGCCUGCGUAAGUGGCAGUAUGACGUGUGGUCCAACGACGUGACCCUGGCCAACGUCAUGGAGGCCGCCGGCCUGCCUGGGAAGGUUCACAUCACAAAGACCACCCUGGCGUGCCUGAACGGUGACUAUGAGGUGGAGCCGGGGCACGGACACGAGAGGAAUAGUUUUCUGAAAACUCAUAACAUCGAGACCUUUUUUAUUGUGCCCUCGCAUCGGCGAAAGAUAUUUCCAGGGCUGAUUCUCUCAGACAUAAAACCAGCCAAGAGGAUGAAGUUCAAGACCGUGUGCUACCUGCUGGUGCAGCUCAUGCACUGCCGGAAGAUGUUCAAGGCUGAGAUCCCUUUCUCUAAUGUAAUGACCUGCGAGGAUGACGACAAGCGGAGGGCAUUGAGAACAGCCUCGGAAAAACUCAGAAACCGCUCGUCUUUCUCUACAAAUGUUGUCCAAGCCACCCCCGGGACCCGUGUCAACAGGUACAUCGGCCGCCUCCUGGAAGCCCGCCAGAUGGAGCUGGAGAUGGCAGACCUGAACUUCUUCACCUUGAAGUACAAGCAGGCUGAGCGAGAGCGAAAGUACCACCAGCUUCAGGACGAGUAUUUCACCAGCGCCGUGGUUCUGGCUCUCAUUCUGGCCGCCUUAUUUGGCCUUGUCUACCUUCUAAUAAUCCCGCAGAGUGUGGCUGUCCUGCUCCUGCUGGUGUUCUGCAUCUGCUUCCUGGUGGCCUGUGUCCUGUACCUACACAUCACCCGGGUCCAGUGUUUUCCAGGGUGCCUGACCAUCCAGAUCCGCACCGUCUUGUGCAUCUUCAUCGUGGUCUUAAUCUACUCUGUGGCCCAAGGCUGUGUGGUGGGCUGCCUGCCUUGGGCCUGGAGCUCCAGUCCCAACGGGUCCCUGGUGGUCCUGUCUUCCGGGGGCGGGGACCCAGUGCUGCCUGCCCCGCCCUGCGAGUCUGCGCCCCAUGCCCUGCUGUGCGGCCUCGUGGGCACCCUCCCUCUGGCCAUAUUCCUGCGGGUCUCCUCCUUGCCAAAAAUGAUCCUGCUCGCCGUGCUCACCACCUCCUACAUCCUCGUCCUGGAGCUCAGCGGGUACACGAGGGCCAUGGGGGCCGGUGCUGUCUCAGGGCGCAGCUUCGAGCCGAUCGUGGCCAUCCUGCUAUUCUCGUGCACGCUGGCCCUGCACGCCCGGCAGGUGGAUGUCAAGCUGCGGCUGGACUACCUCUGGGCGGCCCAGGCAGAGGAGGAGCGGGACGACAUGGAGAGAGUGAAGCUGGACAACAAGAGGAUUCUCUUCAACCUCCUGCCAGCCCACGUUGCCCAGCACUUCCUGAUGUCCAACCCUCGCAACAUGGACCUGUACUACCAGUCGUACUCGCAGGUGGGGGUCAUGUUUGCAUCCAUCCCCAACUUCAAUGACUUCUACAUCGAGUUGGAUGGCAACAACAUGGGCGUGGAGUGUCUGCGCCUUCUGAACGAGAUCAUCGCCGACUUUGACGAGCUCAUGGACAAAGACUUUUACAAGGACCUAGAGAAGAUCAAGACCAUCGGGAGCACGUACAUGGCCGCUGUGGGACUGGCGCCUACUGCCGGGACCAAGGCUAAGAAGUGCAUCUCCUCCCACCUCAGCACAUUGGCAGAUUUUGCCAUUGAGAUGUUUGAUGUCCUGGAUGAGAUCAACUACCAGUCUUACAACGACUUUGUGCUCCGUGUUGGCAUCAACGUUGGCCCUGUGGUAGCUGGAGUGAUCGGGGCUCGCAGGCCGCAGUAUGACAUUUGGGGAAACACGGUCAAUGUGGCCAGUCGCAUGGACAGCACCGGCGUCCAGGGCCGGAUCCAGGUCACAGAGGAAGUUCACCGGCUGCUGCGGCGGGGUUCCUACCGCUUCGUGUGCCGAGGCAAAGUCAGUGUCAAGGGCAAGGGCGAGAUGCUGACGUACUUCCUGGAAGGCAGGACCGAUGGAAAUGGCUCCCAAACCAGGUCCCUGAACUCAGAGCGGAAAAUGUGUCCUUAUGGAAGAGCUGGCCUCCAGACCAGACUGGCCGCGGGUCACCCCCCAGUCCCCGCUGCGGCCGGCCUCCCAGUUGGACCUGGGCCAGGGGCUCUGCAGGGCUCGGGGCUUGCCCCAGGCCCCCCAGGCCAACACCUGCCCCCUGGAGCCUCUGGGAAGGAGGCUUAGUGGAGCCCAUGCCAGCCGCUCGGGGCACAGGGCACAAAUGCUCAAGAUGUUGGGGGUCUUUGGGGCUCCCGCAGGGACCAGCCCAGCUAGCAGAGCAGGGCCGGGAGACAGUGACUGGGCUGGGGAAGGGGCACA